CUGAUUUCGAGAAUAACAACGCUUGGCCACGUUUAUGGUAUUGUUAGGGGUGAACAUAUGAUGGGGGAUCUAGAAUACAAAAGCCCCCAAAAUCGCCGCUUCUCGAGUCAUGACACAAUGUAAGAACAAAGUAUUGGCCCAUCCCUUUUCCCACUCAAGAUGCAUUUCCAAUCAGUAGCAGCUGCUAUACUACUUAGCUUAAGCUUCACAAUACAUGCUACCCAAACUUUCAAGAACACAGGCACCACCUCAGGCUGGAGCUCCAUCAACCAAGAGCACAAGGGCACAGUGCAACAAGUUACCAAUGUUGUCUACGGAGGGUCAACCGCCCUGAAAAUGACUCAGGUCUACGACUCGAGCUACAGCGGUCGCUACCACUCAGAGGUCGUUCACAACGACAUGUACAAGCUAGGCGAUGAAGGCUUCUAUGGCUUCACGUUCCGUCUGCAGGAAUCCUGGCAGUUCUCUCCCGCGCAAUCGUACAAUAUUGCACAGUUCAUUGCCGAUUUCGGGGACACAGGCUGCGAUGAUUACAUGCCUUCCAGCAUGGUGUGGCUGAUCGGCGACCAACUCUUUACGCGAGUCAAGACGGGCAGUGUGUGUGCGCAAAAGACAACCACCUUUAGCAAUUUGGCUACUGUGAGCGCGGGCGUGUGGCACAAGAUUAUUAUUCAGGCAAAGUGGAGGGCCGACGGCACGGGGUAUUAUAAGAUGUGGUUCGAUGGGAAGAAGGUGCUCGAGAAGUACAAUAUCGAUACCACCGUUGAUGAUGGUCGGCCGUUCCAGUUCCGGGUUGGUCUUUAUGCGAAUGGCUGGUAUGAUGAUGGUGGUAUGAAGGGAACUCAGGGAACUCGCCAGGUGUGGUAUGAUGAGAUCGUUGCUGGCACCACCUUUGCCGAUGCGGAUCCUGAUCAGCAGUAAAUCGUUGCCUUUGAAGGGAAUAUGCAGUGUAGAUGAAAGCGGGGAAUUUGAUGUUAAAUCGUCCCAAUAUGCAAGGCGUAUGGAUAAGAUAUUUUAGUGCAGUUUGUUUGAGUUGAGCACCGGUCGUCACUGCUUCGGUGCUCAUUCAAUAUAUCCAUCUCUGGGAGACUCUCAUGUAUUAGUUGACCACCUAUAGAGAAUCACAAAAGGGGGUUAGCAGGUCAGGGUCAUCAGUCGGCGAUAGUGCGGUCUCAGCAUUAGUCAGGAGCGAGUACUGCUGGUACCCAAGUAUAAAAAAGGUGAGGCCUUCGGAAUAGCGAGCGCGUUGUUCACAUAUCUUGGCCAAAUAAAUACUGAAACCCUCUGUGAGAGGAGGAAAUUACACUAGCCAGUUUAAGUUUAAUUGAAACUGGACCCAGACGCGCGCUUUGCAGGCUGCGGUCCCGAAAUGAUAAGCCGUGAAAUAUACGUGUGCAGUGGUUGUACUCUGGCAUCAUUUAAGAGACAAUGGAACGAAUUUAUGAUGUCAAGUUUAAUAAUGAUCUCCC